AUGCCAAGCUCCAAAAUGGACCACAUGAUAUCCCAUCUACAAGGGGCUUUCGAGACCGACAGACUCGUCUUCCUGCCAAUUGAGGACGAAGCCCAAGUGAAGGCGUUCAUCUACAGGGAAUUCUUCCUCGACCCCGUGAACGCAGGUCUAGCAGGCCUGCCAGGUCACGCGACUCUACAACUCUGCCCUCAAGAACGCGCGCGCGACAUGAUCAAUGGAUACGUCAACGGCGCCCACAUGGCCACGAUAAUCUGUCUCAAAAGCCGCCAAGAAAGCGAAGAUCCCCAAGCAAGCGCAGACUCGAUCUAUAGCGAUGACCCCCCAAAGCCAAAGUUGAUCGGCCAGUUACUGUUGAACGACAAGGGAUACAGCCGAGUAAGCAUCUCCAUCUCGAUCGCGAGCGAGCACCAGAACAAGGGCUAUGGCCGCGAAGCUAUCAACUGGGCGCUGGAGUGGGCGUUCCGUUGGGGCGCGAUGAACCGCGUCGACAUUAACGCUGCGUCGUACAACGAGCGCGCCGUGAUGCUCUACCAGAGCAUCGGUUUCGUCGAGGAAGGGAUUAUUCGCAAGGCGUUGUUCAUGAAUGGGGAGUUCCACAAUAUACACGAAUUCGGCAUUUUAGCUGGUGAGUGGUGGGCUCUUCAGCGUGCACAGGCAGAUAGUGAGUAG